AUGGGGCUCCGCUGCACCCGGCUCCUGGCUGCGCUCCUUCUGCUAGGGCUGUGUGCCCUGGGGGGGGCCCAGAAACCUGAUCCCUGCCAAUGCUCACGCGUGAGCACCAAGAACAGGUUGAACUGCGGCUUCCCGGGCAUCUCCAGCGACCAGUGCUUCUCCGCCAGCUGCUGCUUCGACUCCAGCAUCCCCGGGGUCCCCUGGUGUUUCAAGCCCCUCCCCAAGCAAGAGUCGGAGGAGUGUGUCAUGGAGGUCUCAGCGCGCAAGAACUGCGGCUACCCAGGCAUCAGCCCCGAGGAGUGCGCCUCUAGGAAGUGCUGCUUCUCCGACACCAUCCCCCAAGUGCCCUGGUGCUUCUUCCCGCUCUCCGUGCAAGACUGUCAUUAUUAAGAGGCAGUGGCUUCAGAGAACCCCUCAGGCUCCUUGGAUGUCCUGAAACUAAAGAAGAACAUGCACCGUCUUAU